AAUCUUUGAAGCUGAAAUGACGUGCUUAUGAAAAAAUUGGACAGUAGAUUCUUCCAUUUUGUGUGAUUCCUGGGGUAAAAUGAUCGUCUAUUACUGAAGUAUUUAAUGAAAUUUCUUUGUUUUUUUGAUCAUAUCAAUAAUUGCCCUCUGCGUUUUUACGAAAUAAAAUUGAGAUUUCUUCAGUGAUUUUGAUGAUUAUUGGUUAUUAUGAUUACUUUCAAGCUUGUUGAAUGAGUUUAUGCUGGGCCCAAACAGAAAAGAAAAAAAAAUGAAGUAUUUUUUAGUUUUAUGCUGUACCCAAACAAAAACGGAAGUAUUUUAUUAAUUUUCGUGUAUUUUAAUUGCUGUUAGAUGGUUCUACCGAUUCUUCUGAUAACAUAAGCUUUAUUGAUUUGGGAAAAGGAAAAUUUAGGUUGAAGUUAGGAUGGAGAAUGAAUAUCAAUAUACUGUUCCUUCUGAUGACACCGUUCCUUUGGGGAAUCCUAAGCCAGAAUUCGGAGUUUUUAAACUUGGCACGGAUACAAAGGUUUUGGAUGUACCUGAUUCGCUUGAAAAUUUUGAAGCUCAGACUGAAGACGACACAGCGAAUGAAGUGGUACUUGACAGUGAUGAGGAACGAGGACACAAUAACGAGGCCAUGAAUUUGGUGAAUACGGUGAAAAGGAAGCAAUCGACUGCUGGUUAUUUAAGGAGGCUGCAUAAUAGAGUUUGUGCACAUUCGUUUCAGCACGUUGAUUCAGCUAGAAGAACUGGAUGCAAUGAAGAAAGUAAUGCUGGGCAUACUUCGCUUGACACUGGUACCGGAUAUCAGGAACAAUCUAUUACUAUUAACAACGUACUAUCCAGCACUGCUAAUCGAAAUUCAAUUCCUAUGGAAGGAAAAGAAUCUCACAACCAAGCGUUGAGGAAUGUGGCGAGGGGAAGUUUUUCUGAAAAGUUUCUUGAUGAGAAAAGGUUGUCAUCAGAUAAGUCUCUUGACAUGGAAAUAGAAAAGGAUGUAACUUAUGAACACAGGUGUGCAAGGUAUAACCACAUGGAAUCGCCAGAAUCAGCAGAAUUGUCACAAUCUAGGGCCUUAGACUUUGUUGAUCACUAUCUGUCAGUUAGUGAUUUGAACUUGUGUCAAAAUGUUGAAACUAAAAGGACUAACAGAAUAAAAUCGCCAGCAUCUUUGAGGUCAAAAGGGACUCAAAGUUUGGCGAGGAGAGUAAAUCUUGGAAUCAUUGAUUGUGACUCUGCAACUUUUGACUGGGUGGGAAAGGAAAAUGCGAAUAGUAGGUCCACUUUCUUUGGAUGGGAAGGAAACAAAUCAAGAGCUGCAUCUGUCCAUCAGGAAUCUGUUAUUGUUGGCUUGCAGAAGAAGAGCUUUCUGCUUCAGUCCAAAUAUCAGCUCACGGGAAAUAUUUCAAGUUCAAAUAAUUUAGGUACAAAAAUAAUUUGCCCUGAUGAGAUUGACAAAGUAGCCUCAAACUCAGAAGUGACUGAUGAAAAUAAUUUUAUAGAGUUGGAUGAACAGUUUGGUGUAGGACAAUUGGAGCAGCAGGUACAAAAGCUUGGCGAUGAAAGGGACACAUCAGAAAUCUUUGAUGUUGGUUUUGACACUCAAAUGGCCGUUGAAGCUAUGGAAGCAUUAAGAUCUGCGCCUCCACCUACAUCUAAUGCUGAUUUUACUUGUCAAGAUUUUGAUGACACAUUAGUUAACUCUUCUGAAGGUGCAAACAAGAAGCAUAAAUCAAAAAAUUGCACUUAUCUUGAGAAUGAUUUUUUAGGUUCAGCUGACAAACGAAAACCGACAAAGCGUGUGAAGAGAUCUGCUAAAAUGGUGUAUGAAAAUAUAUCUUGCUCGCUUGAUGAACACUUCGAAGGCCAAAGCGGGGCUGUGUCUCCGUUAUUACCAAAGAGAAAAUUGAUGAUGAAGGAGCCAUUGACUGAGAAGGACUUAAAUGGUAGAAAUCCUGGAAACAAAAAGAAUAGCAACUGUGGAAGGGCUCCUAGGACUGUAGUACAACACAAGGAAGAUGAAUUUACUGAAAAAAUUAAUUUGAAAGAGGUUCGAAAAAAUAAGUUUUUAUUAGAAUCUAUUGGAUGUAACUCAGAUGGCCAAUGUUCAAAAGACAAAUCCACCAAUCCUUCACAUGCUGCACGGGUGUCUGGGCACUAUUCAUCAGUGAUUUCUUUUGAAAAGGCUGAGGAUUCAAUUGAUAGUUCUGAAGAGAGGACAAAUGAUAUUAUGAAGUCUGGUGCUCCUCUGCAAAGAAGAAAUAUGACUAGCUUUCAUAAGGAUGUGUGCAAAAGUGGAGUUAGAGGGAAUUGUUUGAAGUUGGAUUCUGUUUCAUGUUUCAAGGAUAUAUCCCCCCCUUUGAAACAUCAAGAAAAAUUAAACCUAGUUGUUGGGAGUCCUUUAAAGUUAAAUCCCUGGAUUUAUCCAAGACGGAAAAGAACACGACAUAAUGUGCCUUGCCACUCAAAUAGUAACCAGCUUCCACCGAGCAUGAUAGUUCAUGAGAAAAAUGAGAAUACAUGUCAUAAAGUGAGUCGCAAAGCAUGCAAGAAAGUAGCAGGGCAUUUAGUCCAUUCCCGAGAAUUUCAAUUUUCACCAGAAAGAAACCAUUUUGCAAGCUUGACAAGGCAGCAUAUAGGUGAUUGGGAUUGCACGGGAUUUAAUAAUAAUGUAUCUGCUACCACAAUGGUACGGGUUCCUGUCGACCUUGAUAGAUCCGUAACGUUGAAGCAAUCUGGUAAACUAGAUGGAGGGUGUCCCAUACCCUUUGUUGGCACUUCAGGUAUCAUGAAGUUGGAUGCAUUAUCAAAUGGGAAUUCUAAGGGUUUUAAAGUAUAUGAGUGUGGCAAGAAAAGCAAGCGACCACGCAACAACCCCUCUAGAUCUCCCCUAAUGAAAGAACUUGUGAGAUUGGGAUACUCUGAAUCUCUACCAGAUAUUUUUGCAAAAGAUGUAAGAAGACGAAAAGUUGCGGCAAAGGCUUGCAUCUUGUUCAGCCAGAACUUGGACGCCAAUAUACUUAAGCAGCAGAGAAAGGUUUACAUUUGUCACUUAAUCAACAUUCUAGUUGCUUCAAACCUAAUGUUACAAUUGACCAAAGGUCGUGUACCUACUGGUAAUUUUGUCUGGCAGAUUGUGGCACGAUUAGGCUUUUCGAUUGCAUCAUGUUGCUCAGAUGCUACUCAUUUUGUAACUGAUAGAUUUGUGAGAACUAAGAAUAUGUUGGAAGCCAUUGCUCUUGGAAAACCAGUGGUGACACACUUAUGGCUGGAGAGCUGUGGACAAGCUGGCUAUUUCAUUGAUGAGAAAGGUUACAUUCUGAGGGAUGACAAAAAGGAAAAGAAAAUCGGAUUCAGUAUGCCUGUUUCACUGACUCGUGCAUGCCAACAUCCACUUCUAGAGGGAAAGAGAGUCUUCGCUACUCCAAAUGUCAAGCCUGGUAUAGAUGUGAUAUAUUGCUUGGUGAUGGCAGUUCAUGGACAGGCAGUCCAACAAUUACAGUGUGCAAAAAGAAAGGAUCACGGAAUUCCAGAUGAUUUGUUAAUUCUCUCUUGUGAAGAAGAUUAUAUGAUGUGCGUGCCAUUUCUUGAAAAAGGAGCUUCCAUCUAUAGUUCAGAGCUUUUGCUGAACGGGAUUGUAAUCCAGAAACUGCAAUAUGAGAGGCAUCAACUUUUCAAAGAAUUUGCUGAAACGAGAAAAACACGUCGCUCUUAGACCUGGCUCAUAUUAUUACUGCCUCUUGCUUUUAUUCCUCGAUUAUUUCUUUUGGAAUCAACUAAGGGUACUGGUGCAACCACCUGAGGUGAUUGCUUCUUUUUGUACAAAAUGAAAUCAAUCUCUGUUUUGGGUUAUAACUCAAGUACAUAUGCUGGUGCGUCUCAAUUACUGAAAGAUAACAAUAAGGUAGUAUGUGAAAUUGGGAUUGUAUUGAAACGAAUGCUAGUUCACACUUGAGUUAUGGAAGAGUUUGUUUCAAAAGGAGGGUUCCUGGCAAGUGUGGCUUUUAAUAGGGUUUUUUGAAGAAUUUAUGUUUUCAACUUGUGAUCUUUGAUUCAUGAGCAAAUUUUAUGAUUCUUUUUCCUCAAUUUUGUAGCUUCAAUGCCUUCAAAAUUCUGCUUC